AAAUGAAGACCUAAAACAAAUGUUGGAAAGCAGUAAAGAUUCUGCAAAGCUGGAUGCUAUGAAAAGGAUUGUUGGGAUGAUUGCAAAGGGAAAAAAUGCUUCUGAGCUCUUUCCUGCUGUUGUGAAGAAUGUUGCCAGUAAAAAUAUUGAGAUAAAAAAGCUUGUAUAUGUUUAUCUGAUGCGUUAUGCAGAGGAACAGCAAGAUCUAGCAUUAUUGUCCAUCAGUACUUUCCAGCGUGCUUUAAAAGAUCCUAAUCAGUUAAUCCGUGCAAGUGCUUUGAGAGUUUUAUCCAGUAUCCGUGUCCCAAUUAUUGUUCCUAUUAUGAUGCUUGCUAUUAAGGAAGCCUCUUCUGAUUUGUCUCCUUAUGUGAGAAAGAAUGCAGCCCAUGCAAUCCAGAAGCUGUACAGUCUUGAUCCAGAACAAAAAGAAAUGUUAAUUGAAGUGAUAGAAAAGCUCUUGAAGGAUAAAAGUACGCUGGUGGCUGGGAGCGUUGUAAUGGCAUUUGAGGAAGUGUGUCCAGAUAGAAUAGAUCUGAUUCACAAGAACUACAGAAAGCUCUGUAACUUGUUGGUUGAUGUGGAAGAGUGGGGUCAAGUUGUUAUAAUCCACAUGUUAACUCGAUAUGCACGUACACAGUUUGUAAGCCCAUGGAAGGCUGUUGAGGUGGUAGAAGAAUAUAGUGAAAGUAAUUUCUAUGAAUCUGACGAAGAACAGAAAGAAAAGGAUCAGAAAGUGAAAGAUACCUAUUCUAUGGACCCAGAUCACAGGCUGCUGUUACGAAAUACAAAGCCCUUGCUUCAAAGCCGAAAUGCUGCUGUGGUAAUGGCAGUUUCACAGCUGUAUUGGCAUUUGGCACCAAAAUCCGAAGCUGCUAUUGUUUCUAAGUCGUUGGUGCGUUUACUUCGUAGUAAUAGGGAGGUGCAGUAUAUUGUUCUGCAAAAUAUUGCCACUAUGUCAAUUCAGAGAAAGGGUAUGUUUGAACCUUAUCUGAAGAGUUUCUAUGUUAGGUCAACUGACCCAACAAUGAUCAAAACACUGAAGCUUGAAAUCUUGACAAAUUUAGCAAAUGAAGCCAACAUAUCAACUCUGCUUCGAGAAUUUCAGACUUACGUGAAAAGCCAAGAUAAACAGUUUGCUGCAGCUACAAUUCAAGCUAUAGGCAGAUGUGCAACUAACAUCACCGAAGUGACUGACACAUGCCUUAAUGGCCUUGUUUGUUUGCUGUCCAACAGGGAUGAAAUUGUAGUUGCUGAAAGUGUGGUUGUCAUUAAGAAACUGCUGCAAACCCAGCCAGCACAACAUGGUGAAAUUAUUAAGCAUAUGGCCAAACUCCUGGAUAACAUUACAGUUCCAGUAGCCAGAGCCAGCAUUCUCUGGCUUAUCGGCGAGUACUGUGAAUGGGUUCCAAAGAUUGCACCUGAUGUUUUGAGAAAGACAGCCAAGAGCUUCACUAAUGAAGAUGACCUUGUAAAGCUGCAGAUCCUAAAUUUGGGUGCAAAACUAUAUUUAACAAACUCAAAGCAGACAAAAUUGCUUACCCAGUACGUAUUAAAUCUCGGCAAGUAUGAUCAAAGCUACGACAUCAGAGACCGUACAAGAUUUAUUAGGCAGCUCAUCGUUCCAAAUGAGAAGAGUGGAGCUUUAAGCAAAUAUGCCAAAAAAAUAUUUCUGGCACAGAAACCUGCCCCAUUGCUUGAGUCUCCUUUUAAAGGUAGGGAUCAUUUCCAGCUUGGCACUUUGUCUCACACACUGAACAGCCAAGCCACUGGCUACCUGGAGCUGUCUGACUGGCCAGAGGUGGCGCCUGACCCCUCCGUCCGAAACGUUGAAAUAGUUGAGUCGGCAAAGGAAUGGACUGGAAUUCUGGGUAAACCAAAGAAAGUGAAACCUACUGAAAAGUUUUACUCUGAAUCAGAAGAGGAGGAAGAUGAGUCUGCCGGUACCAAUUCAUCAGAGGGUGAGACUGGCAGUGAAAGUGAGGAAGAAGAUGAUAAAGAGGAAAGCAGCAGCAAUGAGAGUGGUGGGAGCUCCUCUCCCAGUGAAGAAUCAAGUGACAGUGAAUCAGGCAGCAAAGAAAGUACUGCAAAGAAAACAUCUAGAGCUGAUAAUGAAAGUGAUUCAGAGGACACUGAAAAGAAAGCAAAGGGGAACUCCAAAAAGUUAAGCACAUCCAGUUCCUCUGUUACGGAAUCUGCUUCAUCAGAAGAAAGUUCUUCAGAUUCCAAGUCAGAAUCAGAUUCUAAAAGUGACUCUCAGUCUGGAAAAUCAAGAAGUACUACCACUAGUAAGAAAGAAGAAAAAACAGUACAAGAUAGAAAACCUCCAAAUAAACAAGACGUGUUUCUCUUAGAUUUAGAUGAUUUCUGUCCUGUGAGAACUCCUGUGGCAGUUCCUACAGCAGCUGUUUUGUCCCCAAGUUUAACAGCAGACCUAGAGGGAUUAAGUCUGCCAACUUUAUCCAUCAUUGAUGUCACUACCCAAGUCUCUGUGCCAACAAAAACACAUGAACUGCUUCAUCGAAUGAGUGGAAAAGGAUUAGCAGCCCGCUAUCACUUCUCAAGACAGCCAUGCAUUUUUGGUGAUCGUAUGGUAUCUGUGCAAAUGACAGUAACAAACACAACUGAUCACAAGAUAGAGAAUAUUCACAUCAAGGAGAAGAAAUUACCUCCAGGCAUGAGGAUGCAUGAGUUUAGUCCAAUAGAAUGCCUUGAGCCUGCAGGAUCCAUUACCGUUUCAGUGGGUAUUGACUUCUGUGAUUCUACUCAGAUCGCCAGUUUCCAGUUAUGCACAAAGGAUGACUGUUUCAAUGUUAGCAUUCAACCCCCUGUUGGAGAGCUGCUUUUGCCUGUCACUAUGUCAGAGAAAGACUUUAAGAAGGAGCAAGCCUGCCUCUGCUUUAUACCUGCUCAGCAAACCAAGGUUCUUUUCCACCUCAGCAAUCGAGACAAUACAUUUGCUUACCAUGCUGCUCUCCUAAGUGUUCUUUUGCAUGUAAAUUAAUCUUGAUUCAGUUUACACUGUCAUGCUGAGUGGUACAAAUUGCCUAUAACAAUAAAACAGCAUGAGUUAAAAAUAAAGGGGGGUGAAAAGGCAGAUUGAAUGUGUGCCUUACUUGAUAGGAUGUUACUUUGCUUUAUGCCAAUACAUUAGUUGACGAUAAUGAAUCUUCUGUUCUGAAAAGCAUGGUUUAGUUGAUUUUUUUAAUUUUACUUCAAUGGAGCAGUACCUUGUCUUUUAUAGAACAAGUUAGACAAACCAUUAAUGACAAGAGUGUUAAGGUUAAAUAUGAAGCAAUGCAUUCACUUCUCUGAGUGCUAUCCAUCUUUCCAUUUACAGGAGCUUGACAAAAGUACUGGCUUUGUACAACAUUUCCUUUAAUUACAUGCUGCGGAAAACAGGCUUUUAACAUAAACAUAGUUGCAUUCAUUUAUUCAGCAUUUGCUCUUCAAUAGAGCUUAAUGGAGAAGGUUUAAAUCCUAAAUGAGUACACGCAUCUCUCAGCAGUGUUAUGUCAGUCCCUGGCUCUGCUUAAAAGCAGUUUUAGGCUGCAUAUGUAGUUUUUAAAGCUUUUGCCUAACAGUGAAGUUAAACAAUUUGAAACAGAAUGUUCUAUUCCCAAGAUAAAGCUGGUCUUUAUAGAAGUUGUAUGCUUAUUUUUGCUCUCUGCAAGAAGUGAUCAUGUUCAAAAAUAGCCCAUUAUUUACUUAUGAGCUGUUCCAUCUUUACUUUGAUAUUUCUUAUUUUGUGGCAGCAGCUAAUGCACAUUCUGUGGCAUAAAAAUGUUGGGUUUAUUUUUUUAAUUGCUCUAUUAAGCACCUUAGUGCCGUUUGCACUGGAUUAGAACCGUAUGUGCAGCCCUAAAAUACUCCCCUUUUGAGACUUUUGCAUUGUUUUCAUUGUUAAUGUUAUUGUGGAUUUCAGAUGCUUCGUAUUUCUGCCUAAAGCACUUUGCUCCAUUGUUUGUCUGCAUUUUCACCUGCAUUUUCUGAACAUAGUGUAAAAUCACACACAGAGUGUUAAGUUGUAGUUACUAUUGGCUUUUAAUCAACAUGAGCAUCCAGCAAAUCAUUAAUUCAGAACAAUGGAUGUUGAUAGGAAAGUGGAGGUUUUUGUUAAAAUGUCCUUGAUCAACAUUUCCUUCUUUGCUUUUUUUUUGUCAUAUGUUUGGAUACAAUACUGAUAUUUCUGUUCCAUUUUGUAGUGAUAUUCAAAUUAUUUUAAUGAAAUAGUUUAUGGUAACAUUUUAGAGAAUUUCCCAGUUUCUAAUGCAAUGACUUGAUCUUUAUGAACUUAAUUGAACCAGUGACUACUGUCUGAAUGUCAAGAUUAUUUUUAGCAGUUGGAUAUGAAGUUGUAAUUAAAUGCAGUGGGUUUAUAAUUGAAAUAUUAGAAGAUGUCUUUGUAUAUGCUCUUACUUAAACUGAACUUUUCCAAAUCAGUCUUACUUAAUUUAUGUUUGCAUUCUUCUUUUAAGGUACACUUUUUCUGUAAAACAGAGCCAUCUUAGUUUCACAGUUGUAUUAGUAUCAUAUGUCAUUGUUCAGUUAUUAGUAAUUAUAGGGCAUUGCAAGUAAUACCUUGAACAAAUGUAAUUAAUUUAUUUCAAAAUUGUUUUCUUGACUAAUGGUUUAACUUUUAAUGCAAAUGUGUGUUUUUGCUUAGAAGUCUUUUGGUUUUACGUUUAAUAAGCAAGCAAAUCUU